AUGCAACAAUUUAUUCAACUCCUUUGCCUCUUCUAUUUGCUGUGCACAAUCUUUCGUUCGAAAAUGAAAGCAACAUUUAUUCCAGCUUUGCUGAGCCUCGUCGUAUGCGCCGAAGCCGCUAUAUCAUGCCUUAAGGUCGGCGCCACGGCGACCGCAACUUGGACCAACAGCGACGGAAAGACGUGCAACUUCACUGGCACUGUCGGAAGCAACUUCGGCAGCAAUUCCGCCGGCUCUGGAGACUACAGCUGCAACGGCCGUUGUGGCGCUGGAUGCUCGGGCGCCGCUCUUGGCAAUGCAUACACGCAAGACUGCUUCUCACACGACAUUUGCUCGUAUUUUGAAAAUGCCAGCGGUGGAGCAAGCGAUCCGAACUGUGGCGAUGCGUUCAAUGCGGCUGUUGAUGAUACCUUGUUUGGUGCCGCGUCUUGUGGGCAGACGAACCCGUCAAAUGCGGUGUCGAAGCCUACGGCCUCGCCGGUGUGCUCGUAG